CGUGUGGAGGGAGCGUCAAGGCAACAGGUGAACUGGGCAUCAGUGAUGUCCGUAAGCUGGUAGAAGCAAGACGAGUCCUCCAGAGGUACGAUACAUUCAUGGCACACUCUUGCCUCUAAAGCCACAUCGUCCCCACGCUGGAUAUCCCCACGCUGGCCAUAUCAUGAACUCUGCAACAGUUUCGUUGCAGCGUGAGCUGCGAGUGUGUGUUGCCUAGCAGCAGGAGCAACAACAGCAGAAGAAGCAGCAGUCGUGGUCAGCGAGGCGUGAGGUGCACAAGUCCCAAUAUGGAAGUGUAUUUUACGCGCCAGAAGAGGAAGUGCGAAGGCCAGAGUGCGUCGUCUUGCAGGGUCCACUGACCACUGACCCUCACCAUCUGCCUUGCAGAGAUACACCUGCCCUACAGAGACAUACACCUGCUCUACAGAGGCACUACUGCCCUGCAGAAACAUAGCUGCCCUGCAGAGACACCUACCCCCAACAUCUGUAGAAAUGAUGCAUUAUAGCCAAGGCGAUGUUCGAAGUGAUUGAAUGGUAAAUUAAUUGUGUAACUUAGCCAAGUGAAAACAUUUAUUAUUUAAGUUUCAAGUGAUACAGCAGAGCCUGAGCUUUGUUGUAAGGGACUUCAGCUUAGUGUUACAUAGAAAAAUCAGCAAAAAUGAGUGACUUCGAUGCCAGCGAAGUAGUUAUCAGCUGAAGUAGAAACUUAAUAAUCUCCCUGAUAAGGUUUUAAAACCACUCAUCUUUUAUACGGUUUGUGUCCCCUGUAGAAAGGAUGAUCGACCUGAGUGGACGGGUGAUGGAGGGGUCAACGCAGGAGCAACGGAGAGACGCAGCCUCCAACAAUAACAUCACCAACAACACCAACAACAGGAACACCCGCUCCAGGGACAAUUAUGCCCUACGACCCAGGACCAUCAUCAAGAGGCUGCAACACGAAAUUAUCCGGAAAGAGGUUUCCAAAAGGUCUCCAAGGUCUAAGUCAAGACCCGCACCACUGUCAAAGUAUCGAAGAAAAACUGCUAAUGCUCGAGAACGUCACCGCAUGAAGGAGAUCAAUAAUGCGUUCGAAUCUCUGCGUAAGGUUCUCCCCGACGCCUUGGAAGUUCAAGCAAAUUCCUCAUCAAUGACAAAGAUCACGACUCUGCGUCUGGCUGUGGACUAUAUCAGAGCUCUGUCACACGUCCUGCAGGAGACUGGCGACGAGGAUCUCUGCUCCAUCCAAAAUACCUUGCAAACUUCCAUACAAAACUCUUUGCAACAUUCGCUGCAACACUCACCACUACAACCAUCUUUUCAGUAUUCCUUUCAAAAAAUAGCACCUGCUUCUGGGGACCUGACGACCUUCCAGUACCAACACUCAACGUCACAUCAUCCUCAGUAUCCACAGCUGCUGCAGUGCUGUUCACCAUAUAACACCACCCUAUCCCUCACCUAUUCUUCUUCCACCGAUCUCAAGUCCCUCAGCAGUGCUAGUGACAUCGAGGACCUCCUCUCUGACGACUCCCGACUACUGGAAGACAACCUGGAUGUCUUUCACAAUAUACCAACCUUAGCUGUAGCUGACCCUUUCGAGAUACUCCUGGUGGGGGAGAAGGACGGCCUCUCCUUCACCUCGGAGUUGUGAAAUUAAGGGUAUCGUGAAUGUUAUUUGACUUAGUGAUGAAAUAUUUCCGUUAGAAAUAAGCUAGAACACCGUGUUGAUACUCCGUAUAGUUCUUAAGCCUCAGCAUCUUCUGCUGGUGAGUUAAGACGUCUAGGCGAACGUCUGUACCCAGUCGGAUAAAUUCUCCACAUAUUCAGCGCUGACGGACGCUACACAAGGAGAAAUGAUGGCUGUUAAAUAUUCAUGGGGAUGCCCAGUGAUUUGCAUACCCUGUCAGUUACCUGUUCGUGGUAUGGAGAGACACAACAUGACUCUCAGGUCGAGUCUGCUGCCCAAGUAACUGAGUGCCUCUGUCUCCCCCCCAGGCGAUGCUAGUCUAUUUACAAGUGCCAUAAUACGAGAUGUAUUCCAGCCACACCUUCGUUCUUCAGCUGUGACACUUUAACUUUUCUCAGUGCACUAAAACCACGUCAUUUUUAUAAUUAGCCUAUGUUUAGGUCAAUACCACAAUAGAAACUA